CGGCCCUGAGACUGCGGGUGGAUGGAGAAAAUGGACUUCGCCCGCCUCUGGCUAGGGCUGCUGCUGCCUUUGGUAGCUACGCUGGAUUUCAGCUACCACCACCAGGAAGAGAUGGAAGUGUUUUUGAAGAAUGUUGCCCAAAACUACAGUUCUAUCACUCACUUACACAGUAUUGGGAAAUCUGUGAAAGGCAGAAACCUGUGGGUUCUUGUUGUGGGGCGCUCACCAAAGGAACACAGAAUUGGGAUUCCCGAGUUCAAGUACGUGGCAAACAUGCAUGGAGAUGAGACUGUAGGGCGGGAACUGCUGCUCCAUUUAAUUGAGUAUCUCGUAACCCAUGAUGGAAAAGACCUUGAAGUCACCAAUUUAAUCAACAAUACCCGGAUACACAUCAUGCCUUCAAUGAACCCAGAUGGAUUUGAAGCUGUCAGAAAGCCUGACUGUUUUUACAGUAACGGGAGGGAAAAUGGUAACUUCUAUGACUUGAAUAGAAACUUCCCUGAUGCUUUUGAAUUUAAUAACGUAUCAAGGCAGCCUGAAACUAUGGCAGUCAUGGAGUGGCUGAAAACAGAGACGUUCGUCCUCUCUGCAAACCUGCACGGUGGUGCCCUGGUGGCCAGUUACCCAUUUGAUAAUGGCGUUCCAGGAACUGGAACAUUACACUCCCGGAGCUUAACCCCUGAUGACGAUGUUUUUCAAUAUCUUGCAAAUACCUAUGCUUCAAGAAAUCCCAACAUGAAAGGAGAUCAGUGUAAAAAUAAAAUGAACUUUCCUGAUGGAAUUACAAAUGGAUACUCUUGGUAUCCACUCAAAGGUGGAAUGCAAGAUUACAACUAUAUCUGGGCCCAGUGUUUUGAAAUCACGUUGGAACUGUCAUGCUGUAAAUAUCCUCGUGAGGAGAAGCUUUCAACCUUCUGGAAUCUUAACAAAGCUUCAUUGAUUGAAUAUAUAAAACAGGUGCACCUAGGUGUAAAGGGUCAAGUUUUUGAUCAGAGUGGAAAUCCAUUACCCAAUGUAAUUGUAGAAGUCCAAGACAGAAAACAUAUCUGCCCCUAUAAAACUAACAAAUUUGGAGAAUAUUAUCUCCUGCUUUUGCCUGGGUCCUACACAUUAAAUGUUACAGUCCCUGGACACCAUCCACACCUCACAAAGGUGAUUAUUCCACAAAAAUCCCAGGACUUCAGUGCUCUUAAAAAGGAUAUUUUAUUUCCAUUCAGAGGGCAAUUGGAUCCUGUCCCAGUAUCAAAUCUUGCAUGUCCUAGGAUUCCUCUAUACAGUAAUUUGCCAAGCCACUCAGCUGCAACAAAGCCUAGUCUGUUCCUAUUUUUAGUGACUCUUUUUCACAUAUUGUUCAAAUAAAGCAAAAUGUGAAACUCCACCCCCAUCACCACCUGGAAUCAGGGAUUACUCAUGCCAGGUUACUGCAAAUCUAACUCCCUCUGUGGGACAACUGGAUAAACGCCACACUGGUGCUUCCCUAAGAAGAUAAACAGUUGUCUCGAAAUCCAGCAGCAAGCAAUGUGUGGUGAUAACCGAAGGAAAUGAUUUCGUUGAUGAAUGGAAGACACCUACCUAUCAAGUACUACCCACUUACACUUAAUUUUAAAGUAGUCUUAGGAAUUCGUAAGAAGUUAAACUUGAGAAGCAAUAAAGAAGUUCCUACAAGAAAAAAAAGGAGCUAUUUUUGUACCAGAUAAAUAUAAGCAAUGAAGAUGGGCAUUUAUUGAUCACCUAUUAUAUACAAGACCUUGCUAUGAGUACUAUAUGUGAAGACAUAGUGCCAUAUAUAAUUAGUUCUCAGAGCAGGGAAAAUUGACGACAGGACUGGGAAUAUUUAGUUUUGUCAAUGUUAUAAGGAAAUUUGAGAGAAAAUAGGCAACCACGUCUCAGUGGCCCAAGCAACUAUGGGCCUAAUGUAACAAGUUGGUGUGUACAGUCCCAAAACAGGUGAAUUAAGUAAGUGUCCCUGCCUUUCUGUACCCAGAUGCCAGGCCUCUGUUACGCUGGUAACCCCCAAAUGUAUAAUUCUAGCAUCUUGCCUGAGCUUCAGACUUACGUCCAACUACUUACUGGACAUACCCACCUGGGUGUGACUCACAGGUACCACAAACUCGUGUCGUAAAUUGGACAUGCUUUACUCUCUAGAGCUGCUCUUCUUCCUAUAGUCUCUCAGUUACUGGUACCCCCAAACUAUACACCUGGGAGUCAUCCUUGAUACUUUCUCCCCUCCUUCAUCCAUAUAUUCAGUCAGUCCCUAACGACUUGUGUUAAUUACAAAUGUUGACUGAUUCUACCCUCUCUCCUUGCCUACUAACACGGCCAAGUUUCAGCCAUUGUAGCUCACCUGCACCACUGCAACAGCCUUACUGGCCUCCUGCUCCCAGCCUUCUCCUCUUCACAUCCAUCCUCCACACAAGCACUGGGGAGAGAGGUGUGUUUAAAACAAAAAUCAACAACUGCUUGUAGUUCCUACACAUAGAACGUCCUGUUUGUGUCCCCCGUGUCUGGAAUGUCAUUCUGACCCACUACGUUUUCUUUCCACCUCCUUUAAAACUCAGUUGAGGUAUCAACUGCUCCAGGAAGCCUUUGGUGACCAUCACCCCAUUUCUUUCCAUUUCACCCACCCCAAUCAUUCUGGGGGUCCUUCCUCCUUGCUCCCCAAAUUAAACAGGUUGCCUCUAUUAUUGGAUUUAGAACACUGUGUUAUGAUCUUCUAUUUCCAUAUGUGAUUUUUCUCUAGUAGAGUGUGAGCUCUUUGAGACCAAGGGCUAUUUAAUUUGUUUGCAAGUUUGUUUUUAUACCCUGAGGGCCUAGAACAUAUUAGGAACUGAAUGAAUGAAUGAACAAAGGGUUCCAGCAAUCUGCUACUCCCAAUCUCUCCCAGAAACUGUAUAGGGCUUUGAGUCAUUUUAUGAAACUAGGACCUAUGCUUUGACAAUUUCCAGCUCAGCAGUUAUAACAGUGUUUUCAUAUAUGUAUUAAGAAAUAAAUUCAAAUAUGGUGCUUUUA